ACCGUUCGAACGUCAGUAGUUGGAACAAGGACGCGAACCGUGCACGAGACCCAGCGCGCAAGCCACACGGAAAUCGCCUCGCGUCCACGCUGUGCUCAGUCAAAGCCAAGCAGAGCAGAGCAGAGCCCCACGCAAUGAAUAAAAAAGGAAGAAAGGAAAAUAUGAAAAUGCUUACUAUAUAAGCAGGAAAUCUCAUCAUCGGCAUAAUAACGCGAUUCCAGCUGUCAAUUUUCCACCGCAAUAUGAGAGAGAUCCCCACGGUGCUGUAGUGUGUGUGCGUGUACGUGAGCGUGUGUGUGUUUUGUGAUUUCCCCAAAAGAAAAUCGAGAAGGUGGCCGUUACGUGUACGCAAGCGAGUUCGUUGUUCGUGUGUUGUUUUUAUUGAUUGCGCGACUUUAAACAAAGUUCACAGUCAAAAAUUUAGUUGAAAAUGUGUCCAGAACAGUGUUAGAGAGAGAGAAAGAGAGAGAGUGAGCAGUGCCGAGGCAGUGGCCGAGGACCAGUGCAGUGCAAUGCAGUGUGCUGCUGGCAGUCAAGGUCGCCGCCGCUUUUGACCAGAAACAUGUCACAGACAAAAAUAUAGCGCCAGAAUAACAAAACACAGCCAGAAAUAAUCUUCGAAGCAAAAGCAACACAAACCACCACAAAGGAAGCAUUUAAAGCAUUUUGCCAGCACCUUGAAGCAUCUUCUUCUUCGGAAAAGCCUCUGAAAGUCACACACAAAACUUAAAAUAUUGACCAGCAUGGGGAGACGCCACAAACACUGCCACCAACGGAUGCGGGACACGGCGUGGCAACUGCAACUGCUGCUGCCUGCGGUGCUGCUGACGCUGCUACUGCUGGCCACGCUGGGUCUGGCGUGCCGCGUCUCGGAGUUCUCCUGCAAGGGUAGCGGGAACAGUGGCAACAUUUGCGUUCCUCUGGACAAAUACUGCGAUGGACGCAGCGAUUGUGCCGAUGGCAGCGACGAGCCCAAACAUUGUUCGGUGUGCAAUCGUACAUAUUACGGGGAUAUUGGACGCACCUAUGCCAUAAAAGUGCCAACGCCACAGUGGAAUAAAUUGCCGUUCCUCUGUCACUUGACAUUCACAGCAUCCGGUCAUGAUCAAGGCGACAUCGUUCAGAUCAUCUUUGAUGGCUUUACGGUGGGACGCUUCGACGAGGGCAUGGUCGAUACGGAUGUGGAUGGCUAUGAAACGAAUCUAAGUCCCACGGGCGAGCUGCCCGGCUGCCCCGAGGGCUUCAUGCAGCUCAGCGAAUUGGGACGCCCGUUCACCGGGGGCUCGUGGUGCGGCAAGGCCACAGGACCACAAUUGUAUUUCAGCGAAACAUCAACGGUCACUGCCUCUGUAAAGGUAUUUCAUCCGCCACGCAAUAUACGGGAUGAGAAGCCCUUUGAGUUCAGCAUAAGAUAUAAAUUUAUCAGCCAGUCGGAUGCAGUUGUAAGAUACGGUCUGCCCGAUAAGCCGCUUGAACUGGGCCGUGUCACACCUGGCACCUAUUGUACGAGGCAAUUCGAUGAAUGCUAUCGUAACAAGUGUCGCCUGCAAAGUCCAAAUUAUCCUGGUAUGUAUCCGAGGAAUGUUACCUGCUACUGGACCAUACGACAGAAAGAAGUUCCCACCAGCAAGCAUGCCAUGAUUGCCGUUAGCCAGGAGAACCAGCACAAGGCCCUAGUGAAGCGGUCGAUUGCCAGCUUCAACAAGACCUCCCGCUCCAUACGCGCCUGGUCAGACUGUACGGGAGAACGUGAUCAUCUCAUCUUCUAUGAUGGCAGCUCCACCAACGAUCCCGUGUUGGCCAAAUACUGCGGCGGCGACUGGCUGCCACGCGUCGUGUCACGUGGAGCAGAAAUGCUGGUGGCCUUCCACUCGAGCCCGUUCUCGGCACCGCUGCAGCAGGGCAUACCGAAUCGGGGCUUCGAAUUGGAUGUGGACAUACUCUUCACCGAUUCGGACUCCUUCGACUUUGCCCAGGGCACCAAGAACCUCUGCGAGUUCCACAUAAAUGCCUCGAAUCCAGAUGAUGUGCUAUUCUCGCGUCGCGGCCGCAUGGGACGCAUUGUGAGUCCGCGUCACACGCUUCCGCCGAACACAACGUGCACGUACCACUUUCACGGAUAUCCUGGUGACCUGAUUUGGUUAUCGUUCACCAGCUACAAUCUGCAGAUACUGCAGCAGGCGAUACAUGACAACAAUACGCUGGGACGGAGCGAUCUGCCGCCUUGGAUAACCCGCCUGAGGAUGUGGGACAGCUAUGGCACAUAUGUGCCCAUGAAAUCAACAAGUUCAACCACCGGACAGCCGCCACCACCACCGCCAGUGGCCUCCUCAGCGGACGGUGGCAAACCAACGCUCCUCAAUCAAAGCAACUACGGCAGCUACUACUAUAGUGCCAGUAAUCCGAAGCUGAAUCGAAAUCUGCGCGUCAAUAUCGACAAUGCCUGGAACCCCGUGGACACGUACAUCUACGGACCCACACAGUCGAGUGUGUUCAAUCAGGAGAACAAGUACAGUGGCUAUCAGGGCGGUGCCGGUGGUGCAGCUGCUGCUGGUGGUCCGGGUGGCUCAGGCAAGCAGCUGACCGGCGUCAAGGAGAGCCUCAAUUACAUUUCCGGAGGCAAGUCCUCCGUCAAAGAUGGCAGCGCGGGCGCCUCUGCUGCCGCUGUUCUCAGCUCGGAGCGGAACAGCGCAGUGGCGCUGAUGAGCACCAAGGGCAAGCGACGCCUCAUGCUGGAGAUCUUCGACUACGAGACGCCCAAGCUGUGCGAUCACACGGCCAUUGGGAGCGGCGUGAGCGGCAGCAGCGCCCUGAUGGGCGGCAACAAGCUGCGACCAUGCAGUCCGCUGGAGAGCUACGUGAGCACGGGCAGAGAUUUGAAACUGGAGUUCCAUACGCAUACGGGAACAGCCUUGUUCCCGGCACAAUUCGCUUUGAACUACGAGUUUGUGGACACGGAACAGGGUGGUGACACCUGGCCCGGCAGGCGUGGCGAGGAUCCAGUGCCGCCCCUGUGCUCGAGAAUCUUUCGCAAGCGCAAAGGCAACAUCCAGGUGCCGAGGAAUGUCUUCCUUUACGGCCGAGGCGGAGCCAAGAACAUCACCUGUCUGUACCGCUUCGAGGCCGGUCCGUCGGAGCGGGUAAAGCUGGUGCUGCACAAUGUCUCCUUUGGCGAGGGCACGUCCUGCACCACUGACUCGGAUCUGCAUACGGGCAGGCCGCGAUGCAAUCAAUUGGACCCAGAGGGACGCAUCACGGAGCUGCGCCUCUUUGAUGUGCCCUUUCGAGAUGUGAAAAUCCAGCUGGGCUGCUUCUGCGACAAUUCCAGUUCCCUGUACAGCAACGCACCGCUGACGUUCGUCUCCCACUCGCGGAUUAUGGAGCUCAGCUUCACAGUGACUCGAUUGAACAUCUCCGAGGACUUUGCCGAUGUCUUCUUCUCCGCCUCGUACGAGUUCAAGCGGCAGCCAGACUGUCGCAAGCAAUUGAAGUUGAAGGGCGCCGGUGGAGAGGAUGAUCUCAAGUAUCCCCUGAAGACUCAAGAUGCCAGCUGCGAGGGCCUGGCCUGGUACAUCGAGGCCCAGUCCGCCGAACGUUCGCUCUUUGUGCAGACCUGGGGCGCCUAUCUGCCCGUGGAUCCCACCUCAGAGGAUGCCAUGCGCUGUCACACCAAAAACCGUUUGAUGAUCUACUCGGGCAGACCGCUCAAGCCCAUGCGAGUGGUGUGCCCCGCCCAGAGUGGACCUAGGCCCAUGUCGCUGCACAUUUUCUCCGAGGACUGGACCAAUGGACAGCCGUUGUUCAUGAACAAGCCCAUCAGUCUGGUGCUGGAGCCCAUACUCAAGGAACCCGGCGAUAUAGCCUUCACAUGGCUGGAGAUACAUCGCACCAAGAAUGCGCUGCUGCAGCAGUUGGACCUGCAUGUGAACGCAAGCGUGACCACGGGCCUGAGCUCCGGCUCGGGCUCCCAACCCUCUGGUCAUAGUUCCGGCUCCGGCGGAGUUGUCGGCACAGGCAGUGCUGGUGUAGCCGGGGCUGGUGGUGGUGCUGCCGGCGCUGGAGGCACUGCAACCGGUGCCACGGCCAACGAAACUCUGAACGAGUUUGGUUUCUAUCCCAAGGAGUCAGAUUGCGAAUACAAAUGUCCUGAAAUUGAUGCAUGCAUAGCAGCCAGCCUGUGGUGUGAUGGUCAUCACAACUGCCCCAGCGGCUUCGAUGAAUCGGAGGAGGAAUGCGGCACAGCCCGCAAGCUGCUGGAGUUGCCUGGCGGCGUCUUUGCCGCUCUGGGAUGCAUCGCUGCCGCUUUGACCGCAUGCCUAAUCUUCUGCAUGUUCGGACUGAUGCGAAAACGGAAAAAGAGCGUGGUGCAGAAGGGUGGUGGUGUGGGGGGCGUUGGAGGCGUGGGCGGGGGCAUUGGCUUCAUGAAUGGCGCCAGCAAUGGGAAUGUAUCCGCCGCAAGCAUCGGCACUUUGAAGAAGGACUUCAAGAAGGAGGCGCUGUUCAUCGAUCCGGCCUCCUGACACGGGCACCAGCCGGUCGAGUACAUACAUGUGGAUCGGGAGACCACCGUGUGAUAUGUUGCCGCCGGCUGUGGCCUGCCCUACGAUGAGCACCUAGAGCUGGGAAUGGAGAUGGAAAUGGCCUGACGUAGCGAUCAGCAGGGUUCUCCCCUCGACACAGUUCAGGGUCUGGCCUGGAGAUUUUAAAGCUAUUGAAAAUGACGAUGAAGGUAUGUGAAUGAAAUGGGGAAGCGUCAACACAAUAUAAAUCUAAAUUGUAAGUCGAUACAAUUUUCUAAACGCUUCUGGAAGAGUAACCAAUCGAGUAGAAACGAGUGCGAGUGUGAAUGGUGCAUAGUCAUAGGGACAGUCGAUCAGCCGAUCGAUCUUCUGUUUGUAUAGAUUUUGUGUUAUUCUAACUGUUUUGUUUUUUGUUCUACACGUCUGUAUAUAUUUUGGGUAUUUUUUAUUUAGUUCGGGAUAGCAGUCAUGGAAAGAUUUCUGUGGAUUUUUGUAAAAAUUAGGGACAGUGAUAUUCAAAUCUAUGGGGAAAGCAAAGUGUAUUUUCUUUAAAACAAUUUCGAAUACGAGGAAAGAAUUUAAGAGACUUUUUCAUGAGGUGUAUGGAACUAUUCUCAUAAUUUCUUCAAUAUUAUAAAAAGCAGCUUCUUGCCUUCGCAUAUUAUCUGUUCAUUUGAGUUAUCUUUCAUUUUUUAAGACUAUGUAGACGCAUCAACAACACCAAAAAGCAAGAAAAAAAACUAUUGUAAAUUAGGUACCUUUAAUAAAGUUAGUUCGGAUAGACAGCAAAUAAAUCGAGGGCGGAUAGUAGAUGAAGCCUUUGGCCUAGGUAUUUACCAUAUAGCACAUAGCACACCCAUUCAACGGAAGUUAAGUAAGCAAAUACAUUAAGGAACUAAGUAAAUGCAAGAAGAUCAGAAAACUACAAUGAAAUUGUAUAGAAAAGAGCAACUCAAAGAGCAGAUCCCUAGGCAUGUACUCUUUAGGGCCGCUCUGGCAAAUAACUUCUAAGGAAAAACUAGCAUAAAAGAGCUAACAGCAUUUGGAGCAGAAAUAUUGGAUAGUAGGUGGGGGAAGUCUCGACAGUGUUGUGAUCCAAGGCAUGCACAUACUGAACUAUGUUUAAACACACAACCAAAUCGCAGCAUUUACAUGGUACUACAUGGUCAUGAUUCGAUUUGAAAUACAUGUAUAGGGUAUUAGCUAGUACUAUACAAUGUAUGUAUAUGUAGAAGUCAGAACUUUUGGGUUUUUUAUCGUAAAGCACAGCACACUCUCACACACAAAUAAUGCAGAGAACAUCACUUAGUGGUUUAUUAAACAUACAAUAUACAAUCGUAUGAGAAAUAAAAUUGUUUAUAACGAUUAAAGUAGAGCUCGAUAAAAUCAGAGAAAAUGUUCACUUCUUCAACUUAAUCAAGAGAACUGCCAGAAUAUUCUAUAAGAAAAUGCAAAAACCAAUUCGCAUAUUUAUGUAAAUAUAUUUAACAGGCGAUUAUUUUUCAGGAUCAAGUUCUCAUUUUUAAAUUCCAAAAUGUUUGUAGCUGCAAUAAAUCAUAUUCCUAACUUAACAACAAAAAAUAGAAUAAAAUAAAGUAAAUUAUAGCAAACAAAAAAAAGAGAAUGCAAGCCCUAGCAUUUAAGUCAUGCCAUGGCCCAUAACCCAUUUAAACAAUCAAACUUUUGGCAGUUGAUAGGAUUAAGCAAAUACCAAAAUAAAAAAUAAAAAAGGAAAAGCAUAAAAAGAAGACAAAAGUACUUUAUUUUAUAGACACUAAAACUAGGUAAAUGCAAGAAAACAAAAGCUAAAUAAUAUUAAUACCUUCUGGUGGUCUGCGAUGAGAAUUUUAAAAUGAACCAGCCCCUGCCAUAUGCAGACAGAAUCCAUUAAAAUUGCAACUUCCAUAAUACAUAUACAUAUAUAUAAUUUAGUCGGCAUUAAAAAACGGAAAAAGAGUCAAUAUAUACACGAAUUAAAUCAAAUAUUUUCAGUUGCAUUUUUUGAUAGCAAAUAACCUAAAUAUUUAUAGCCGAAAAAAGGAAUGAAUAAUAAAAAUAAAAAAGGAAGAACAGACAGAACGAUGCGCACUUUUUACGAUUUUAUGACAAAAAAUAAAGAGUUAUUAUUUGCCCAACACACCCACAACCUAACAUACAUAUAGGAGGAUAUUUUACACAUACAUUUGUACUAUAAGAGACAAAAUAAUAAUGAAAUAUACUAUAUACAUAUAUGAGUAUAUGCAUACAUAAAAUGGCAUGAUAAAUUGUCAACAAAAAUUAAUAUGUAGCUUUAAGAGCAGCGCCCAAGCUGUUACUAUUUCCUUGGCCACCAUUGUCGUCAUACACAUCAUCUCAAACAUCAGUUCGGGGUUCAGUUCCUUCUCUCAAUCAAACCAAACUAUGGAAAUUUCUGUGCCAACUGUGUUUAAAGUGAAGAAUUCGAAGAUAAAAAAUAUGACAGCGCAUAAAACACUCACAACAUGUAAUUUAUUUGAAAUGUUCGAAAAUAAAGUGGAAAAAAUACGAUUGCAGAGAGAGAAUGAUGGCGGAGGAAAACAAAAAGGAAAAGUGUGUGAGAUGGUAAAUAAUAAUAAAAAUACAGACAGCUGUGUAAAUAGUCGAAACGCGUACACACUACGCAUAUUUAAUUAAAAAACAAAAAGAAAACAAAA